AUGUUGCGACUGUUCCGAUCGCGAAAGAACAUCGUCUCCCUCGGCGCGAAGGUCAACGGUCCGGCACGAGGUCCCCAGCCCCAGGUCGUCCAUAUACAACAUGUCAAGAUCCGUCGGAAAUGGUUCAAGCCCAUGAACCUUGUCAUCGCUUGCGGCGUCUACUACGGCUGCUAUCUGAUCUACGACCGCGUCGUCUUCGGCACUCUUGGGAAAUGGGCCCACGACCAGGAGGCCCAGUUGUCUGAGAAGGAACGUCAGGAACUCGAUGACGAAGACCUAGAGCCGCUCUUCAUACCAUUCCCCGGCACCACCAAAAUGGUCGAGCCGCUACCCUAUCGUGGCUCCGAUCCCGAGUGGCAGGCCUACCUCAAAAUCAGCAAGAACCAGAAACUCGUCCAGUCCAUACAGAAGAACCUUGCCGAGCUGACCCGUCGCGUGGUCGAGUCACAUCCUAUGCUGUCCAAGAAAUUCGGGAAGGACAUGAAAGUCAGAAAGUUCUGGCUGGACAUACAGUACCCCUAUAAGCCGCCACCCACCUUUGUUCGAACCGGAAUAGCAAUCGACGAUGACGGUAUAUCCAUUGCGGAAAUGCCCGUCGACUCCUUCGCCGUCCUCAGGGCACAGCGCGUACUUUUCCCAUCUGCGCUCGGCCUGUCUUUGUGGAGCUUUUCAGGGGCGUUGAUGAAGCAAAACGCCGUUACCUUUGCCAAACUCUUCGGUUACGAACCCAAGGCCGAGUCAGCUGUCAGUGUACAGCAGACCAUUGACAGAAUUCACCAGCAGCUCAAGAAAUCGCCGGGCAAGACUGACUCCCCGUCAUCGGCCUCUGUGCCCUCUACAAAAGGUCAGGCAACGGGCGGGUCAGCCGCAGACCCUAUGGCUCCUGUGGACAAGAGAUCCGCUGGCUCGACUGCAUCACCAGAGACUUUGGGUUCAGGUGCUAGUGUAGGCGGAGCGGUCCCGAAUGUACCCAGCGCAAAGGACUUGUACAUGAUCAAGACAACGCAGGAGCACACCAGCGGGCCGUGGCAAGCAUUCAAGCAAAAAAUGGCACAAACUUGGAAACCUCUCAAAAAUUUUCCUCCACGUGGCUCGUUAAGCGUCAGCGGACUGGUGGAGAUCGUCACGCCCCGUGCAAUCGUCACUGUGGACGUCUAUGCGUGGUGGGAUCCCAAGACAGAGGAUUUCGACCCGACGACCACGAUUCUCAAAUUGAGAACAAUACGUCCAAAGACGCAAUCCGCACUUCGGUGA